AUGAAGUCUACAUCACCAGCAAGGUCAGUGGGUAGUCCAAUUACAAGCUACCCUGUAGAGGAAAAGAUUGGUCCUAAAAUUGAGAUUAAGUUUGAAAAUAUAGAAAGUGAACAACCUGAGAAUAUGGAAAUUGAUAAAAAAGAAAUUGAAGUAGCUGUAUCUGAAAAAUCACCAAAUGAAAAUAUUUUAACUGUGGUUAAAGAGGAUGCUGAAUCAAAAAUAAAAACAAGAGAUAAGACUAAAAGUCGAUCAAGGUCGAGAAGUCCUAGUAGAGUAGCCAGCAGGUCCGGAAAGUCUUCGAGAAAGCCCAGAUCGAGGUCAAGAGAUCGUAAACGAUCUCGUUCUCCUGUGAGAAAAAUAAGGAGGCGGUAUUCUUCAUCCGAAAGUUCAUCAAGCAUUGAAAAUGCGCGGAAUCGUGGCAAAAAGUCUGUGUCACGACCUAGAUCUAGGUCACCUCGUAAAUCUAGCAGGCGUUCGUCGAAGCGCUCUGAGUCACCUGCUUCAAGACAUCGUUCUCACAGGGAUAAAAAAUUGAGAUCGAGAAAACGCUCUGUUUCAAGAAGUCCUGCUAAACGAUCAAUUUCUAGAAGUCCAAGACGAUCUCAGGCUAAAGAGAGUGAUAAAGAAAUUUCUCGCUCCUCUUCUAAAAAGGAAGGACCUGAAAUUCUAAGAAAAAGAAGCUGUGACAGUGAUGCAAAAGCUUCAGAGUCUGAUUAA